AUGAUUGAAUUUUGUACAAAGAAAAGGAUGCUGAUAUCCAUCAUAGUGUUAAUUGUGAUCUCAAUAUUAGUGCUUAUAAUUGAAUCCAGUGUUUCCACGUCAACGGAUAUGAAAAAUAUGACAGAUCCUCCUGAUGAAACAAGUAACAGAUCUAACAACAAAGAUUACAAUUGUGCAGAGCAUGAACCGUUCACAAUCAUCGAGGAAUGUACAAUUUGCUCAAAGUUUGAAAUUAUGUCCAAUGCAUCAGUGUGUUUAUCAACAGGCUUCCGGGAGAAGAUUCACUGUACAGUCUCUAAAAAGGAAGUAUCCAGAAGUUGCUCCAAUACCAGAAAAAAGGAACGUGAUUUUUGGACAUUUGAAUUGUUAAUGAUAUUGCUGGGUGCAGUAUCAUAUGGAUCUGUAUUUAUGAGACAGAAACACUUAGACAAGAGGCUUAUGGAUAAAGUGCAUCAACAGAUAGCAGCAGGAGUGUGAUUC